AUGGCUGGGAAGAAUCAUACCAUCUUGACUGAGUUUUUCUUUAUCACAUUCACUGAACAUCCAGAACUGGGGCUUCCUCUCUUCCUGUUUUUCCUCGGUCUCUAUGUCAUUACCUUGCUGGGAAAUUCAGGGAUGGUCAUUCUGAUAUGCACAGACUCCCAACUCAGCACCCCCAUGUACUUCUUCUUGAGCCACCUUGCUUCUGUGGACAUCUGCUACUCCUCAGUCACCACCCCUCAAGUGCUGGCCAUACUGCAUGGGCAGGGGCUGGUUGUGUCCUAUGAACGCUGCGCUGCCCAAUUCUUCUUCUUCACCUUCUUAGGUGCCAUUGACUGUUACCUCUUGGCUGCCAUGGCUUAUGACCGCUAUGUGGCCGUGUGCCAGCCUCUUCUCUAUGUGACCAUCAUGACCAAGAAGACCUGCGUGGCCCUAGUGACUGCAGCUUAUGCUGCUGGCCUGUCUGCUGCUGUAAUACGCACUACGGCUGCCUUCACUCUCUCCUUCUGUGGGGACAACCAGAUUGAUUUUGUCUUUUGCGACCUCCCACCCCUACUGAAGCUUACCUGUGGGGACAGCUACACCCAGGAGAUGGUCAUCAUCGUGUUUGCCAUUUUCGUGAUCCCUCUCUGUAUGGUGGUCAUCCUGGUAUCCUACUUGCNGUUUAUCAUUAGGGCCAUCCUACAUGUCAAGUCAGUUGGAGGCAGAGCCAAGACCUUCUCCACUUGUGCCUCCCACCUCACAGCUGUGAUGCUCUUUUUUGGGACCCUCACAUUUAUGUAUCUGCGUAGCAACUCAGGAAAAUCACUCGAAGAGGACAAGGUGGUGUCUGUUUUCUACACUGUGGUUAUCCCCAUGUUGAACCCUAUCAUCUACAGCCUGAGGAACAAGGAGGUUAAUGCUGCCUUCAGAAAGGUCAUCAAUAGAUUCCAGGUCUCCCAGAAGAUGUAA